GCCCUGCCCGCCCUGGCCCAUCCACGUACUUACUACAUGCACAUACACAUGCUACACCUGCUGUUGCGCCCACGUCCCAUAACCUCCUCGCCAUAAACCCUUCCCAUGUUCAUGACACCCCUUCGCCCUCUCUGCCACAUGCAUCAGACUAGAUAGCCACGAGGGCCCGGUGGGGCUGCGGCCAAUGGCGGGUUAACACACUCCCUCUGCCACUGCCCUUUGUCCUGUUCACCGCAACCCCAAAACACACACCCUCCCUUCUCCAAUGGCAACGCAAUCACCAGCCCGGGCCCUUAAUGUCCUCGUCGCCCUGACAGACCCCUCGGCCUUCCGCUUUGGCUGCUCCAUCGUCGCCCGUCUGCACCGUCUCGACAAUGUCUCUCUAAAGGUCAUUGCCUGCAAAGAAUUCUCAGCCGCCGCCCAGACAACCAUUCCUCCGCAACUCGAGCCGCUAUGGCACACAUACACGCCUGACGGCACUGCGCCGCCCGACUGGCAGCAUGCCGACUACCUCGACACAUGCGUUGCCGACUAUUGCACCUGGGCAGACCUGUUGGUCCUUGCGCCACUCAAUGCAGAGAACCUGGCGCGCAUGCUCCAUGGCUUCACAACCAGCCUGCACCUGCAGCUUCUGCGCAGCUGGAAUGUGUCCAAGAAGAUACUGCUCAUACCCGCAAUGUCAACACUGAUGUGGGAGAAUCCCAUGUCGCGGAAACAGAUCAGCAAGAUCCGACGCAAGUGGAAUUGGAUCCGCGUCUUGCCCCCCUUCCUGUGGUCGUUUGAUCACUCCGGCCGCAAAUAUCAGUCGUGGAUAGAAGGCCACAAAGCUUUCAACGAAUCCAUCCAGACUCAGAUCGAUCUCAUGGCUGUAGGCAACCGCACUGUCGCCCUGCCUAUUGCCCAUCUACCAACACUGACACCUACGAGGAGCAAAGGGCCCCGUCUUCCGCCCGAACUCUGGUCCAUCGUCCUUGAAUUCACAAAAGACUGGGAACUAGCCACCACUCUCAACGUCCACACAAACUUGUCAAUACCCAAAGAAUGGCGCCAGGCCGCGAGCGACGAAGGACCGAAGACGCAGAUGCAGAAACUCGAGUGGGCCCUGCUCACAUAUCCAUACCCGGACAUCAAGAAGGUUUUUGACACGGAAAAGCCGACACGCAUAUCACGCCUUUGCAUUGAACUCAUCAUGCGCUUUGCCAUGGUGCCUGUGCUUGUCCAUCUGGAAACAUGCCACAAGGAUCUUUUCUGGGGAACCUUUGGCCAUACGUUCCUUCCUCACAAGGCCUCGGUGUUUGGCAAGACAGAGAUUUUGGACUAUUGGAGAACGUCGCCUGCUUUCUUGACAAAGGAGUACUCUGACGAGGCCAUUGACGAUGCGAGCCGUGCUAACUCGGUCCAAGUCCUUGAUUGGUGGUACCACUCUGGCCUUGCGCUCAAAUACACCGAAGCGGCACUUGAGCAGGCAAGCUCUCAGGGCCAUAUCCAUGUGCUCAAGUGGUGGAAGGAACACAGUCGCCACCGGACUGCCCCUUCUGUCCCCUCUAGCCCAAUCGACGAAGACGCCCCUACCAAAUCGCAUCGCGAGGACCUACCGCUCAAGGUCGGAAAGUCCAUCACUUACGCAACACAGUCUGGCUGUUUACCUGCAAUUAUCUUUUGGGUCGACUCGGGCAUCCCCUUCUCCCACGAGGACACGAUUGCGAAGAUUGCCUCGACCCACGGCCAUACUCACAUUCUAGACUACUGGCGCAAACUCCGCGGCGAGAAAAUUCUUUUUGAUAACCAGGUUCUUGUGGGGCCUACUAAAAUGGGCCACGCCCACGUACUCGAGUGGUGGAAGCGCAGUGGUUUGAAAGUCGAGUACAAGACAUGUGACAUAGAAGAGGCCCUGGAAGACGGGGUCGAGGGAGCCAAAGGCGAGGCCGUGAGGAGAUGGUGGGCGCUGAACGGACUAAAUCUCGGUGUCGGGACGAGCGAGUGGAUGAGAGUCAAGGUAUUGGGCUCGUGACGAUGGCAUAGCACAAUAAAUGAAAUUGAUCGCAUGUCAUUUUUCUUUGCUUGUUGCAUGUGUGUGUAUGCAGUAUGCAUGCCAUCUAUUCAAACGAGCGGAAACGGCUACUCAAAGUGAAUCGACCGCCCCGCGACCGUCUGAUAGGCGUCCCCACGACAAAGGCGCAACAGGGUCUUCUUACCCCUUCGGGCCGGCCUAUCAGGAGCGGGAGUCGGCGAGCCAGGUAUCCGAGAGCCAAUCGGGGGUUCGGGAUUUGUCGUCUUGCCUUUUGUCGUAGAUUCUUACCU